UUUCCGGAGAGCUUCGCAUUUGCACAAGCCGCAGGACGAGGGCCCAUGGACCAGUUGCAGCCGAUCUUCCCCGGCAUCCCCGCGCCCGUGCUCGAGCAAGUGCUCCGCAUCUGCGACGAUAACCUCGAGGCGGCGACCGACUACCUCCUCGAGAACGACUGGGAAGAGCUCCAGAUGCACAACAACACGCAUGGCGCCGACCAUCCUGCGAACGGCCAAGACGGAGCGGGCCAUGCGCAUGUCGAGGAUGACCUCGACGACGGCGAUGAAGGCGAUGAAGGCGAAGGCGAUGACAACGAUGAAGACGAAGACGAUGACGAUGAAGACGACGAGGACGAAGACAACAUGUACUACGAGUCGGGCGACGACGGCGAGGCCGGCUUUCGCCAUCGCCAGAUCCCACCGCUAGCGAAGCGCGUCAAGAUCACGACGUCAGCCGAUGGCUCCAGCACCGAGCGCUACUGGGUCGCGUGCGACGCCGACACGGUCGAAAAGUCCAUGAUUGAGCUGCUCAACAUUUCGUUGACCAAGUUUGCCCAUCAACGCAUCGUGCUCCUCAACCAAAACACGCGGGUCGUCGACAAGGCAAGCGCCGAGCUGCAGCUCCAUGCGCCACAGCCCACCGAGGCUGUUAGCACGUCGUUGAAGCGCAAGCUGCCCGACGCUGGGACCGAGCCCGAGUCGGACCGCGGCUAUUUCGCGUACUUCUUUUCCGUGGCCGACUUGGACAUGGUGUGGCGCUCCGUCUUGCACGCGCACGUCUUCAACAAGCGCUUUGGCGACGUGAUCGAGUUCCACACCGCGUCGACGGGCGCGAUGGGCCCCAAGGCGUUUGACGAGCUCUUCCAUGUCCACACGCACCAGCCGCGCUCGACAACCACUGUGUUUGGCGCGUCCCAGCCGCAGCUCAAGUGCUGCUUGGUGCUGCCGUGCGCGACGACCGACGACGAGAUCAACCGCGUCGGAAAGAACGUCUUUAGCCUCCUCAACAUUACGGGCAGUCUCUAUUUUCGGGCGUCAUCCAAGACACUGGGCGAUGACGGCAACAAACUCACGGAAGACGUGUUUCGACGCUAUACGACCCACCGCUUGGUGCGCCACGAAGAGGCGCCGACCGACACGGGCCUGCACAGCGCCAACGGGAUUUUGGGGUACCAGCCGCCGAAGAAGAUUGUCUUUACGCUCGAGCGCCUCGAUGCCAACAAGCGCGCCAAGACGCUCAGUGACGACGAGUAGUAGAAGAAGAGACAUGUUGCUGGCGUAUUCUAUUUAACAGACCCUCCUCCUUGUCCUUCUUGCAUA